AUGCCUCCCAAGGCCACGAGCAAAAAGGACCCACGAGCCUGGGAUGCCCUCACUCCACCGCUGGCAGACUGGAUCCUCGACUCGGUCAACAGCAAUGGCUGGGGCGCGCGCAUGACACCCGUCCAGGCGGCAACCAUCCCACUCUUUCGAAGGCAUACUGAUGUGGUCGUCGAGGCCGUUACUGGCAGCGGCAAGACCCUCUCCUACCUGAUCCCCGUUCUCGACAAGAUAUUACGAGCAGACGAGUCCCUAAAACCACACAAUGUCACGGGCAUUAUCGUCAGCCCCACGAGGGAGCUGGCACAGCAGAUCUACGACGUCCUCACGACAAACCUCCUCCCCUUCCACCCGCCGUCCGCCGAGAUAUUACCCACCCUGAAGGAGGAUGAUGACAAGAGGCCUCUCGCCAAGGAGCCCGUGGUCGUACCGCAACUGCUCAUAGCAGGCCUGACGAAACCACGUGCUGACCUCUCCUUCUUUGUGCGAAAAUCGCCGAACCUCCUCAUCGCCACUCCAGGCCGCCUUGCCGAGCUGUUAUCGUCCCCCCUUGUCAAGACUUCCAACCUCGAAGUGCUGGUCAUGGACGAGGCGGACCGUCUGCUGGAUCUGGGUUUCAAGCCACAGCUUAAUACCAUAUUGGGAUACUUGCCCAAACAGAGGAGAACUGGUCUGUUCAGCGCCUCCAUGAGCGAGGCGGUGUCUGAGCUGAUCAGGGCGGGGUUGAGAAAUCCUCAGAGGAUAGCUGUCACCGUCAAGAGCCUGAAGGAUGGCAGCAUAAUAGAAGAGAGAAAAACACCGGCCUCUCUCCAGCUGACGUAUCUUGUGCUCAAAGCAUCUCACAAAUUUCCUGCUCUUGCACAGCUGCUGGAGAGUGUAUCUCCACGGCCUACCAAAAGCAUCCUGUUUUUGAACACUUGCGAGUCGGUCAGGUACUUUGCCAAGGUUCUGCCAGCCGUCAUGCCCGCAGGUUUCGAAUUAAUUUCGCUCCAUGGCAAGCUGCGGCCCGAAACUCGAGACAAGAAUUUCGCCCGUUUUCUCGCAUCCACAUCGCCUACGAUCCUUCUUUGCACAGACGUGGCAGCGCGGGGUUUGGAUAUCCCACAAGUCGAUCUGGUCGUCCAGGAUCCGCCGCAGGAUCCCAAGACCUACAUACACCGCGCGGGCCGAGCAGGACGAGCUGGCAGGAGGGGUCUGGCAGUGGUCAUGCUCCAUCCGGGCCGGGAAGAAGACUUUAUACAUUUCUUGGAUGUGCGCAAGACGCCCGUACAGCCAUUGAAAGACCCCAGAAUCUCUAUCACAGACCAAGAAGCCGAAGAAGCAGCGGGCAAGAUCAGGGCACUGGCCAUCGCUGACCGCGAGGUAUUUGACAUGUCUCAUAAAGCUUUCCCUGGUUUCGUCAGAAGCUACAGCAAGCAUGAGGCCUCGUCAAUCUUCCGCGUCCAGGACUUGGACUGGUACGAGCUCGCGAAACAGUACGGUCUAGUCCAGCUGCCUAAGAUGCCGGAGCUGAAGGGGCUCGAUAUCGACCGUACACUGGGGCUUGACAUCAGCAUCCAAGCCAUUCCAUAUAAAGACAAGGUCCGUGAGAGGAAGCGGCAGGCUGCGCUUGUGGAGUGGCAGGCUGCGAUAGAGAAUGGCGACGUGGCUGCUGCGGCGCAGAGGGCCGUUGCUCAGAAAAAGAAGAAUGAGGCGUGGAGCGGUAAGGCAGAGAGGGAGGACGAUCGCAGAAAGAGACGCGAGAAGAAGGAGAAGAAGAGGGAGGCCGCCAGGCUAGCUAGCCUAACGGAUGAGGGCAAGCAAGAGCAGCAGAAGCUAGAGGAGCUUCUUGCGCAGGUCAGGGCCAAAGUCAGGAAGGAGACGGGAGGGGACAAGAUGGAAGUGGACGGAGGAGGUGGUGAUGAUGGUUUCGACGGAUUUGACGACUGA